AUGUGGUCAUCAAGCAGUGAUAACAGGGGACUCUCUGCUUCUUCUUCUUCAUCUUCAUCCUCAUCUCAUUCACCAUUUUCUCCAAGACUCAAAACAAUGGAAGAAGUGUGGAAAGAUAUUAAUCUUUCUUCACUUCAAGAUCACACUACGAAUUACUCUAGAGAUCAUCAUCAUCUUCAUGAUCAUAAUCAUCAAGCUGCUAAUUUUGGUGGAAUGAUUUUACAAGAUUUUUUGGCAAGGCCUUUUGCUAAUGAAUCUUCACCAGCAGCAGCAGCAGCAGCAGCCUCCCCUGUUUCAGCUACAACUAUGCUGAAUUUGAACUCUGUUCCUGAGCUUCAUUUCUUUGAUAACCCAUUGAGGCAAAACUCAAUCUUGCACCAACCAAAUGCAAGUGGAAGAAAAAGGGUUGUCCCUGAAACAGAAGACAAUUCUACAGGGGAUAGAAGAAAUCAGAGGAUGAUCAAGAACAGAGAGUCUGCUGCUAGAUCAAGAGCUAGAAAGCAGGCUUAUAUGAACGAGUUGGAAUCAGAAGUGGCACAUUUAGUUGAAGAAAAUGCAAGGCUCAAGAAGCAGCAGCAACAGUUACGAGUAGAUGCAGCUAAUCAAGUUCCCAAAAAGAACACUCUUUAUCGGACGUCAACUGCUCCAUUUUGAGAUCUUAUUAUAAUUUGGUUUCCUAGUGCUACAUUAGUAUUAAGA